UUAGUUAUUAUUGCCUGCUUCACAGCGUUGUCUCGAGCUCAUGGUACCUAAGAGAACGCUAAAUAAACAACCAAACUGAGUUUUUCCUGUGACAACUGACACACUUGCAAAGGACGGCUUUUCUUUUCAAAGGGAACAUAUAAGUGGAACUACCUUCUCUCGUUGACACUGCUGUUUUGGGGGAAAUACCCAGCAUUUUUAAAGGUGUUUUCUUCUGGCCUUUCACUGUUUACACACCGUGCUCCAGACGCAACGUUCUAGCACACUACAUAAACUUCAACACCGUUGCGAACUGCUCGGUCCACCUCGUACAAAUGUGACCUAGCAACACCAGUAAAGCACUAACGGAGCUGACAUUUCUAGGUUACGGUAGUAACCACCACCCUGUGAGGAUCUGAUCUGGUUAGCUGCAGUUGUUUCGAGCGACACGAGGAACGCGUGUUUAUGUGACUUUGUUGCAAUAACUUUCUUACCUCAACAGGACUUCAUCCUGAAUUAUGGAUUAUUAACUGUUGACAUAGAUAUUCAAAAGUGUAUCUAGCUAAUCAGCUAUACAGCUGAAUUGGGCACAAAACAACAUUGAUACAUUAUCGAUUAUCGAUGUUAUUAAUCGAUAAUUAAGGGCUGCAUCAAUUGCUAGUAUUGAAUUCAGCAAUUAGGUUUUGAAUAGUUUUAUAGUCUCUCCAUUGUCAUAUAAUUAAACGGAGAUGGAGGGUCGGGAUGACAAAGGGAAUAAAGAGAGUAAUCUCUCGAAGACAGAUAUUCAAAGGUUUGCCCUCUGGUACAUCGGCUGGUCCUCCUUGGACAAGCGGACUACCCUGCCUAUGCUGCCGUGGUUGGUGGCGGAGAUCCGGAAGAAAACUGAGAAGAACGAGUCGGGACGCGAGACUUGUUCCGUCCAGGCCAGGGAAGUUCAGCUGGUGCUCACGCCGCCGUUCAUUCGAUGUGUCCCCGCCAACAAUGUCACCAACUCAUCCGUCUUCAUCUUCGAGCAUAAAGCGCAGUUCAUCUCACGUUUUAUCCACAACAGUAAUGACCUCACAUAUUUCGCCUACCUUAUCCGGAGCCAGCCCGACAACCCGGAGUCGGAGAUGGCAUGCCAUGUCUUCAGGACAAACGACCCCAACCAGGUACCAGAAGUGAUCAGUAGUAUCCGUGCAGUGUCAAAGUCGGCCCUAAAGGAGGACUCCAAGCCCAAGCGGGAUACUGAGGAGGCCUUCUAUAACUCCCAGAAGUUUGAAGUGCUCUACUGCGGCAAGGUGACUAUCGGCCACAAGAAGGCUCCCUCCACCCUCAUUGAUGACUGCAUCAACAAGUUCCGCCAGCAUGAAUUGGAGCGCAAGCACCUGCGCCUUCUGAAUGGCCAGCGGGGGUCCACAGAAAGCGCCCCCGUGGAGUUCAUCAUGGGGGGUGACGGAGACCCCCUCUCCUCAACCACCCACAGUGAGGGGCUGGAGGAACCUGAGGGGCUGGAGGUGGAUGAGGUCACUAACAGAGGAGGUUUUGGAGGGAAGGGCAUGUCCAUCAGCCCCAGCCUGGGCAGCCUGCGGGGGGCCUUCCCCGAGUGCAUCCUGGAGGACUCUUGCUUCGAGGAGCAGCAGGAGUUCCGGACUCGUUGCAGCAGCCUGGCGGGCGGCCUACAGCGGAGGCCCCGAGAGGGUGCGCUCAAAGCUGCCCCUGCACGCCGCCGCCACGCCAGUGCCCCCAACAACGUCCAGCCCUCGGACGCCGACAAAAACCGCACCAUGCUCUUCCAGGUCGGUCGCUUCGAGGUUAACCUGAUCAGUCCAGACAGUAAGACGGUGGUGCUGGAGAAGAAAUUCAAAGACAUCUCGUCCUGCUCUCAGGGUAUUAACAAGACGGACCACUUUGGGUUUAUCUUUCGCGACCCGGGGGAGUCUGGUCCGGGCCAGUAUGUGUGCUACGUCUUCCAGUGUGCCAGCGAAUCCCUGGUGGAUGAGGUGAUGCUUACUCUGAAGCAAGCCUUCAGUACGGCAGCAGCUCUGCAGAGCGCCAAGACACAGGUCAAGCUGUGCGAGGCCUGCCCUAUGCACGACCUGCACAAACUCUGCGAGAGGAUUGAGGGUCUGUAUCCACCCAGGGCCAAGCUGGCCAUCCAGAAGUACCUCUCUCAACUGACUGAUAACGAACAGGUCGACAUCUUUGAGCGAGUUCAGAGGAUGAAGCCUGUGUCGGACCAGGAAGAGAAUGAGCUGGUGAUUCUCCACCUCCGCCAGCUAUGUGGAACCAAGCAGAAGUCCCACCUCCACAUCGGAGAGGCCCAUCUGAAUACCCCCAACACUACGACAGCAACAACGGACAGCACAGCGGCGACGGGCGGCCGUUUCAAACUGGACAUCCUGAAGAACAAGGCCAAGAGCUCUCUGACCAGCUCACUGGAGAACAUCUUCUCACGGGGCGCCAACCAGAUGAGAGGUCGCUUGGGAAGCAUGGGAAGCAUGGGGGGGAGCUUUGAGAGAGCGGACGACUCUCCCGGUGACUCCCCGCCAGGCACACCCCCUGGUUUCCCUGACGACGACCCGGAUGCCCUCCAGUUCCGGCGGCGUGCCCACACCUUCAGCCACCUGCCCGUGAAGAAGCGCAUCUCGUUCAACGACGCGCCCACCCAGGGAGUCCAGCAGGGGGGCACUGGUACCCACAGCAAGGCCCUGCUCCGCAGGCAGCAGUCUGUCAACCCCGAACUACUGCAGAGCAGUAAUGGGGAGGGCAGGAAGAGGACCCUAUCUGGAUGCAGCAGUGACAGUGUGUGUGCACCCCUGAACCCCCGCAAAGUGUCCUGGAGACAGAAGAUCUUCCUGCGGGUCGCCUCGCCCAUGAACAAGCCCACAUCCAUGCAGCACCCAGACCACUGUGAUGUGCUGGACCUGCUGCCCCUCUCCCCCCACUCCUUCGACCCAAGUCUGGACCCCCUGGCCAGCCUGCUGCCUGCCUCGGGAGACCCCUUCCCUGGGGAGAGGCCCAAGAGGACGGCGGUGCACUACCGGACCCUAUGGAAGACUGCGAUCCACCAGCAGAUACUGCUGCUGCGCAUGGAGAAGGAGAACCAGAGACUGGAGGCAAGUCGAGACGAGCUGCACAUCCGGAAGAUGAAGCUGGACUACCAGGAAGUGGGGACGUGCAUUAAAGAUGUGCAAGCCUUCUGGGACAGGAAGCUGAGUAAUCCGGGCAGAGCCAAGGUCGUCCCGCUGGACAAAGAGGAGAUCCACAAUGCAGUCUCUCAGGGUGUCCCUAAGGGCAGGCGUGGGGAGGUGUGGCUCCUCUUCUCCCACCAGCACCGUCUGAGACACCGUCUGCCCCCCGGCCGCCAAGCCCCAGACACCCCCUACCAAGACCUGCUGAAGCAGCUCACCGCCCAGCAGCACUCCAUACUGGUUGACCUGGGUCGGACGUUCCCCACCCACCAGUACUUCUCUGCCCAGCUGGGUGCAGGGCAGCUGUCCCUCUACAACCUGCUCAAGGCCUACUCUCUGCUGGACAUUGAGGUGGGCUACUGCCAGGGCAUCAGCUUUGUGGCAGGUAUCCUGCUGUUGCACAUGAGUGAGGACCAGGCCUUUGACAUGCUCAAGUUUCUGAUGUACGACCUGGGCUUCCGCAGACAAUACAGGCCUGACAUGACUUCUCUACAGAUUCAGAUGUACCAGUUGUCCAGGCUGCUGCACGACUACCACAGGGAGCUGUACAGCCACCUGGAGGAACACGAGAUCUGCCCCAGCCUCUACGCAGCCCCAUGGUUCCUCACACUCUUUGCCUCCCAGUUCCCACUUGGAUUCGUCGCACGGAUAUUUGAUAUCCUAUUUGCCCAGGGGAAUGAGGUGAUCUUUAAGGUGGGUCUGUGUCUACUGAGCAGUCACGAAGGGGAGAUAGUGGAGUGUGAUAGCUUCGAGACUAUCGUGGACUACCUGAAAACUACAAUUCCUAACCUCACCCACACCCAGAUGGAGGAGACCAUCUCAAAGGUGUUGGAGAUGGACAUCUCAAAGCAGCUACAUGCGUAUGAGGUGGAGUACCACGUGCUGCAGGACGAGAUGGUGGACGCUGUGCAACAGUCAAACAACACAGACUGCCUGGAUAAACUGGAGAAGACCAACAACCAGCUGAAGAAACAGAACAUGGAUCUGCUGGAGAACCUACAGGCGGCACGUCAGAAGAUCCAGAGCCUGGAGGCCACUGUGGAGAACUUCCUGUCACGCGAGUCCAAGAUGAAGCACAUGAUCCGCUCGCUGGAGCAGGAGCGCCAAUCCUACCAGAAGACUAUCGAGCGCAUGCGCUCCUGCCUGCCCCCGGACGCCCUGGCUGACGUGGAGAUGACCCACAUGGUCAAGCCGGCCCAGGGGCCAAACAGCAAGGCCAAGCCCGCCGUCAAGAAGCCUUAAUGGGGGAGGAGAGGAAGGCAAAGGCACCCGAUCUGGAGGUCUAGAUGGAGAGACUCUGGAGGAUGGACAGACAGAGAGAGGGAGAUGGAUAUUACUGACAGAGUGAGAGGACUCUGGCGAUGGAUGGAUAGAAUUUCUGAAUUUGAAAAUGAACUUUUUACAUUUGUGAAACUGUUUAGCCGUACAUGUUUGGGCCCUGUAGGUGUGUGUAUAUGUGUUGUCGUUUUACGACAGGUGGUGUAGUUCCUUUAUGAUGUGUCGCCAUUCCGACAGACAGACUGACUUGACAGUAUGGGAACUGUACUAUCUCCUUCGAGACCAUGCACCAUUGUUGAGGAGGGCAAAGUGGGGAUGUGGGGGCGGCCGUGUGGGAGCUUUCCUGUCACAAUGGAACCAACCAAUGGAGCUGUCCCAAAAGUGCAAAACCGUCCCAUCUGGCAUUUCAGGCAGGCUCAAUCAAACGCAAAAAAAAUAAUGUUUUUAAAGAAAACAAAUACUACUUGAACCCAGGUCUGGAGCAUAGAGUCCAGUGUCCAUGACAACGCCUGUGUUCCAGCGAUGUCUUUGCUGAACAACACUGAUCAGCAUAGCAUUUGUUAUUUCAAAGAUACCUACAAUUAUGGAUGUGAAUGUAAUUCCCUCCAAAGAGCAUCAUGAUUAUGACUUGUUGGGGUAUACAAUAACCAGACAAAUAUUGAUGUCUGUGUAAAGUAGCUACAUGCCAGCAUUGAGAAUAAUGUCUAGCUUGCCUUGUUACACGUAUGUUCUUUACAUGUUUUGUUUUGUCGCCUUUCCAAACACACACAAUAAAGGGACGGAGGAUGGCAGAAAAAUCCCUGCUCUCAGAGUGUACACAUAAAUCAUCAUCAUCCUCUUAUACACUACCUGGGUGUGGGCUUAUCAGAGCUCAGUAUUUUUCUGUCCUAUUCUUGCUGAUGUUGUCAUACUGAAGUGGUACAGCUGACAGAUUACAACACUGUUGCCACAUAUUGGCCAUGUGGUCUGUUUUGAAUGUGCUGUGUGUGCCUGCGUGCAUGUGUCUGUGUGUGCGUACACAGGAAACAAAAAGAGUAUAAAGAUGGUUCACUGUCUCUGUAGGCUGGAGAACAGACUGAGUUGAAUGUCAUACCACACACACACACACACACACACACACAGCUGACCUCAUGGACAGACACUUUUUCAUGAUGUUCCAGGACGGUACACACACACACACUGUCUCCAGGACUUUCUCUCUUCCUUCAUACUGUUUUAUCCCACCUUCACAUCUGAGUCAUGUUCUGAUUUGAAAAUAUAUAUAUAUCUCUGCUCUGAUAUUGACUGUUAAACACUGACCUGCCUGCAGCUGAAAAAAAUAUAUCUUAAAAAGUUUAACGUUGAAUAUUGUUGCAAACAGUGUUAUACUGUUCACUUUUUUGUAUUGUGAACUGAAAGCAGUUAGUGAAAGUUGACCAAGUGGACAUGUAGCAUAUUUGGGUCUUUGUAAUAUGGAUGAUUUCUAUUAUUUGCUUUCUGAGAUGUUGAAACAAUGUUUAUUUUUGAUGGUCAAUCUGUCAAUCGUGUGUGUACAAUGUAUGAACAGUUAUGUUUCACAGAGUUGAUACGAAUACGAACGGCACUCCAUGUGGAUACCUUGAAUUAGGCUACUGCAGCCGAUCCACACACGUUUAAGGUUGACAAAGCCCAUUCGACUUGAUCCCUCAUCGUCAACUAGCCUGUGACCAUCGAGGUGACAAAGUUUUACCACAACCUUUUCACAACCAGUCGACACACACAGAACUAAAUGGUGAUGUUUUCUAUAGCUACAUCAAAUUAAGCAGCAUAUCCAACAUUUUCACACAAAAAACAACAACAUUUAAUUUGAUCAAGAAAAUAAUCCUGCAGCAACAGGAAAUGUGAAUUAUUAUGUGGAUUAUAAUUAAUGGAAAUUUUUGCAGGGGGUGAUACGUUUUUAGUUAGGAUAAAUCAAGUCUGACAUUUUAAAGUGGAAAUUACAAACUUUAGAAACCUUUUUAAACCUUGAACAAUUUGCAUUUCCUGAUGUGCAGGAAAAAUCCUUGCGACAACAGUGAUCAAAUUAAGAUAUUACAUCUGUAUGACACAGGCUUCUCUUAUUCGAUGGUUCUUAGUCUUCACUGUGGACAUUUUUUAUGUAACUCAUUUCUUUUUCAUAUCAGUGCUUUUCUUAGGGGGAGUGUUGGCUGUGGUUGCAUUGUUAUUUGCCUCAAUGUACUCUCUCCUGUACUGCCUUUUGAACCAAAGAGGUUUUAAUGCUUUCGUUGCUAAAUGUUUAGCAACCAGUCUUUUUUGUCUUAUAUUUAAUCAAAUAAUCACUGUUACUGUUUCAGCACUGUUUUUCAACACUGUCAGUGUUUAAUUGUUUCAAAAUGUUCUGUGUUUUCAUGUGUUUGAACGCUUUUAGUGUUUUCAUGUUAAAAAAGCUCAAAAGAGAUCUACUUCUGGGUCAUACAAAGACAACCGUCCUUUUGCUAUCUAGAGAUUCAUGUCUUACAAAGAUGAUCAAUAGGCUGGCCAAUCAUCAUUGAUAAUCAGAGUGAACUAGUUUUAAGUCAUGUUCUUGUGUUAACUCAUAAGUGCCAAAACAAAGCAUGAAUGCAGUCUUCCUCAUCUACCCUGAAUCGGAGAUAAGCUUAUGACCGGGAUUGAGGGUGAUAUAAGGGAAGCCCUAAUGGCUAGCUUGAGCGUUUGCAAUGUUCAUUUUCUUAGUGUUGCAUCUGUGUACGUAGCCUACAUCAUCGCAUUGUUCAAUCACUACUAUGGAAUAACAUCGUUUGUGUUGAUUGUGUUGAAUGAAUGUCGAUUGCCUGUUUUGUUGAAAUGAGGCCUCACAAAGAAAAAUGUCAUGUGCACUUCAAUAAAUCACACCUUCACUUACUUUUUCUAUUCA